CGAUUGAGUGGCCAAAAAACGCAACAGUAGAGAAAGCCGGAGUUGCUCCGCCCCCUCCCCGCGUCUGCUUCUUGGGACUUCCUUUCCCACUUCUACUCUGCUUCAAUCGUUGCCAGCUGUUUGGUACCCUCCUUGGUACUCUAAGCUCCAGGGGAUUGGAUAUGGACCUUCUUCAGUUCCUGACCUUCCUCUUUGUCCUGUUCCUGUCGGGAAGAGGGACCACAGACACCCCGAGGGACUCAAGCCUGGAGAUUUACAAGAAGAUGUUUGAGGUGAAGCGGCGGGAGCAGCUGUCAGCGCUGAAGAACCUGGCACAGCUAAAUGAUGUCCACCAACAGUACAAGAUCCUUGAUGUCAUGCUCAAGGGCCUUUUUAAGGUGCUGGAGGAUUCCCGGACAGUGCUCCUUGCUGCUGAUGUGCUUCCAGAUGGGCCGUUCCCCCAGGACGAGAAGCUGAAGGAUGCUUUCUCCCAUGUGGUGGAGAACACAGCCUUCUUCGGGGAUGUGGUGCUGCGCUUCCCAAGGAUUGUGCACCACUACUUUGACCGCAACUCCAACUGGAACCUCCUCAUCCGCUGGGGCAUCAGCUUCUGUAACCAGACGGGCGUCUUUGACCAGGGGCCCCACUCGCCCAUCCUCAGCCUGAUGGCCCAGGAGCUGGGGAUCAGUGAGAAAGACUCCAACUUCCAGAACCCAUUUAAAACAGACCGCACAGAGUUCAUUCCCAGCACCGACCCUUUCCAGAAGGCCCUGAGGGAAGAAGAGAAACGCAGGAAGAAAGAGGAGAAGCGGAAAGAGAUCCGCAAAGGUCCGAGGAUCUCCCGGUCGCAGUCUGAGUUGUAGCCCUGGAGCAGGUCAGGAACCAAGGGGCCAGCAAGAGGCCCAGUCGGGAGGAAGAAGUACCAUGUGGCUCUGCUGUGGCAGCAUCCACCGUGGUGGCGAGCACCGGCCCUGGCAUCUGGAGAGCAUCUGGAAAGAUGAGGACUCCAUAUUUGCUGGGUCCUCAGGAGCCAAAAGGACUGAAGUUCAGGUAGCCGGACUUCCAGAGCCUGUCUGGAGGGGGCGCCGAAGGGACCUUUAGAAGACACCAUGCUGCAGGCAGGACCCUGUAGAGACUGCUGGGGGAGGAAGGAGGGCAUCCUGGACUCUCCUAGUGGGUGAGGGCCACCAGCUGACUGCCGCCACCCUUUGGAAAAACAGCAGAACCAGGCUCUGAGUCACAGGUAAAGGCGCCAUGCCUACAGUUGGUCCUACUGUGUCACUGAGCUAUUCAGCAGCUCAGGUCCCAGCCCUUCUUCAGAAACAUAAUAAAAGCCAGCAAACCUUUCA